UGUGUUAGAAAUCUGAUCUGAGAGGAGAAGUGAGUCAAUGGCUUGGAGUAAGCCACAACACUCACUCUUCACCACACCGCACAAAUUCACAAAACAACCUUAACAACCUUAAACCACAAAUAAGGUUCUGUCUGAAACAUCCUCAAAAGUCUUAGUUUUUCUUCCUUCCCAAGUUUCCGUGUCAAUGGCUUCUUGUAUAUCUACUCCCUCUCCUUCUCCUAGAUUACAAUUCACCAAAACAAACCUCCUUGUUGCAGCUUCACUCCCUCUCUAUCACAGAAGUAAAUGUGAAUUGAACAGAAGAAGUUUAGCAUUUAAAGGAAUUAUGGCAACUGGAGUUUCAGUCAUGGCUUCCUCUCUUACUUCACAAGCUCAACCAUCUCAAGAGAAGGAACUUGAAAGAUUACCAUACAAAGCAGAAGGGUACAAUUAUUGGAAGUGGAAGGAUCAUAAAAUUCACUAUGUUGUGCAAGGAGAAGGCCCUCCUCUUGUUCUUAUUCAUGGUUUUGGUGCAUCUGCAUUUCACUGGAGAUACAAUAUUCCAGAAUUGGCUAAGAAGCACAAGGUUUAUGCCUUAGACUUGCUUGGAUUUGGGUGGAGUGACAAAGCACUCGUCGAUUAUGAUGCCAUGGUGUGGAGGGAUCAAGUCGUGGACUUCAUGAAGGAAAUUGUUAAAGAACCAGCGGUUUUGGUUGGAAAUAGCCUUGGAGGAUUUACUGCUUUGAUUGCAGCAGCUGGGUUGCCUGAGUCUGUCACUGGGGUUGUUCUACUGAAUUCUGCAGGACAAUUUGGUGAUGGAAAUAAGGAACAGAAAACUUCAGAGGAAACAUCUCUACAAAAGUUUUUCCUAAAACCUUUGAAGGAAGUUUUCCAGCGUGUAGUUCUUGGGUUUAUAUUCUGGCAAUCGAAGCAACCCGCUCGGAUUGAAUCAGUCUUAAAAAGUGUGUAUAAAAACUCUUCCAAUGUGGAUGACUAUCUUGUGGAAUCUAUAACAAGGCCAGCUCAAGACCCCAAUGCCGGAGAAGUUUAUUACAGGUUAAUGACACGAUUCAUGAUGAAUCAAAGCAAGUACACUCUAGAUUCUGUGUUAGGCGAACUGUCUUGCCCGUUGCUUCUUCUAUGGGGUGACCUUGAUCCAUGGGUUGGUCCAGCGAAAGCUAACAAAAUCAAAGAGUUUUAUCCAAAAACAACUCUUGUUAACUUGCAAGCCGGGCAUUGCCCACACGACGAGAUACCUGAGCUUGUGAACUCGGCUUUAUUGGAUUGGCUCGCCACCCUUACUCCUAAAGUCUCUCUCCAAACAGUUUGAACAUUGUAUAACCUUGUAUGUAUAGCUAAUCAAACAUUAUUCUUGAUUAAGUUUUGAGAUUCAUCCUGUUGGACGAAGUCAUCACCAUACGAUGUAUAGGAAAGCCGGUUAAAAAUACUCAGGAUAGUUGAAAAUGACAACACACAUAGACUAUGGUCAUGUUUCUGCUUCCUUGCACUUUUUGAAGACCAUGUAUGCAUUCAAUUCUUACACUAUAUAGAACUUUCUCUUUCAUUAAUCGAGUUA